AUGGACAUCUCCAGCUCGUCUCUUCAGGUCCAAGACGGCACUGCCUUCCUGUUUAACUGCCAGAGUCUUCUGGAUCAGAGCAACCUCGUGUCGGACGCCGGCUACUACAGCGCCAGCCUGUCUCCAACCUCCUCCAUCGGUUCCUGUGGCUUCUCUCCUCCGACGUACUCAUGCGGAGCACAGAUCUACCCGCACAACACCACACAGGUGACGAAGUCCCAGCCGCCCAAGAGAACCGGACGGCCCAGGUCGAAAUUCCCCGGGGUGAAACGGGAGACUGCAAGCGAACGAGAGAAGUUGAGGAUGAGGGAUCAGACCAAAGCUCUUAAUCACCUGAGGACCUACUUGCCUCCGUCCGUGGCUCCGGCUGGAAAGACCUUGACGAAGAUCGAGACGCUGAGACUCGCUAUUCAGUACAUCUCCUGUCUGUCUGAGCAGCUUGGGUUUGGGGAAGAGGAGGCGAAUGGGGUUUCUUCCGAACAGAUUGAGAUCGAAGCUUCGCCGAGCAUGUUGGGCAACUUUAGUGGAGAGUCUUCAGUCGCUCAAAGUUUACCAGAUCAGCAGUUUCAGCCGUGUUAUCAGAACGCAGAUGAAGGCCAUUUCCUUACAUCCCAAGCUCAAGACUUUGGGAUGCACCAGCUACACAGUUUCUUCCCUGGACAGUGUUGA